AUGUCAGAAAUAAACCAUGAAGGAGACAACAAUGGACUGGCUGGCCCAUCUUCCCCUCAGGAGACUCAAGCACCAUCUGAUAAUGCACCUCCCAGAACCAAAACAACGCCUCAGCCUAAAAAAUCAAAGAAACAAAGGAAACCACAAACAGAAGAAGAAUAUGCCCAACAACUAGAGCUAUGGGAGAAAUCAGGACCAACUAUAAAUGAUGACACUUGGUUGUUUAAAGAUCUAGAUUUAUUAGAUUCAAAUAAGAAAAUUGAUCGAGUUAAGAUAUUACAUGCAUGUGAACGGAUGUAUUAUGAAUCAAAUUGGAAGCGAUGUUUGGAAUUGAUAGAGAUUGGUGAAAAGGUCUUUGAGGUGGAUUUGGAUGAAGUUGGGCAAGAAUUAAAGGAGGGGUUGGAUAAACAAAGAAAGCGGGUUAGAAAGAGUGCAAAGUUAGAAAGACAUGUUGUGGAUUUAUACAAUAUCAAAACAAGGUGUCUCGAACGGAUGCAAGAAAGUGAACAAUAA